AAGUUUUUGUCUUCUCAAAAGGGCAGCAACCAUGUCGAAGAUGUCUGUCAUUCCGGAGCAACUUAGUAGUCGGGACUACGACGAUGAUAACAACAACAACUUCAACAACAGCAGCAGCAGCAGCAGCAGCAGCCGCAGGAGAGACUUAGACAACAGUUUCUAUUCUCGGCCUGGCCUCAGCCAGUCACCAUGGCUUAAUAAGCAUUCGAUGGCGAAAAGAGUACCAGCUGAUCCGGCUCGAAUCGAGGAGAACUCUGUCACGGCUGUCAUUGAUACAUCUCUCACGAAAGAAACUAUGGAGGGAUCUCAUCCUACUAUGAAUUCGCGGAACCCAUAUGAAGACUUUGCGCUCGUUCAGCAGGCUGGGACGGCGACAUCAAUGCAUAUUGAUCUCUUACAGUCAUUCAAAAGCAAUGUACGAACGGCACCACAUAUUGGCAACGCACAGCUGAGUGCUCACCGAUCAGAUCCUUCAGCUUCAGAGCCCUCUUCGCUGCCGCAGCAGCACCCUUCAAGUAACAGCGCACGGUUUGUGGGUCUCGCACCAUUUUUCAGCAGGAUGAGAGGCAACAGUAGAGUCGAAAAUGAGAGUCUGCCGCAACUGCAACAUCAACAAGCUACUGCUCAUGCAUUUUCAAGACCACCUGGAACUGGAAAGCUCAUUGAAUCAGCUCAGCUUAGCAUCUUUUACGCAGGCAUGGUCAACGUCUACGACGCUGUACCUAUUGAGAAGGCUCAGGCUAUUAUGCUUUUAGCUGGGACUAGAAGCGCAUGGUCUUCUCCCAAUCAUAUGAACUUGCCUGGUGCGCCGGGACAUCCAUUUCCUGCCUCGAUAAACCAGCCUCCUUUCAGGACUCGGUCUCCUGGCCCACAAAUGAUCUCUGGUUAUGCUGGGACGACGGCACUAUCAGGUGUACCAAAAGCCACCAACCGACAAGUGCCGACUGCAGAGACGGGUUUUAUUGUGAAUGAGGCAUUGAUGAACUUCACUCCUUUUCUGAUCUGUACUGUCUCUGGACCGCGAGCAGUAGAGCUGCCUCAGGCACGAAAAGCGUCUUUAGCCCGAUUUUUGGAUAAGAGAAAAGACAGUAGGGUACGCAAAGGACCCUACAAUGAUCCUAGAAAUGAAAACUUGGCGAGAUAUGACGAGUUGAGAACAAGUCGUGAAAAUUCGCCAUGUCCCUCAGAUUCCAAGGGGAAAGCAAUAGCGCUGUCUCUAUCUCCAUCAGCAACAAGGAAUCAGAGGAACUCACCCUUUCCCGGUGAUCCAGGGCACGCCAGUAGUGCGUCGGCAAGUAGCAGUGAACCCACCUCUCGAGAAACCAUGGAAUGAGCAUGUAUAAUGUUUUGCUCUGUACAUGAUGAGUUAUUUUUGUUGCCUACGCAUUGUUUUCAAGUCUAUUAACAAUGUCGUAGCUCCACCCCUUGCCUACCUAAGCAACAGACACGACAGACACAGCUGUACAUACCUCCCUCCGGUUGAACCCCAGCUGGUGGCGAUGGAGCUCAAGGUCAGACCCACCCAAUAGUCCCUUGAGCAGUGAACCGAUAGAGUUGGAACUUUGCCUCGAGACAAAUUCAGUGCCACCUCACGGAUGCAUGAGCACUCUUUCUGACACCUACAGCCUGUUCAUGUAUGUCCUACAUUUUGUUUUUAAAGAAUUGUUAAUAUCUGUCAGAAAAUCCUUAUAGCACGUGGUGACCACCGAGCUUGUGUGGACGUGGGUGCACAUGUUAAUUUGUUUGACUGCUAAGGUCGGAGUCAAUUCCAGGUUUUCUGUGAAAUUGGCAUUUAGACUUUAGAAUCUUAAGGACACAAAAAAGAGAGACCUAGGUGAACAGUGCUGAGAGUCACUCCUCCAAACUGUUGAGCAUUUUGACCUCAACAGUGUAAAGGAAACCCACACUUGCUGUGGCACGGAGCCAGUUGCUCCAUGCUAUUGUUUCA